AUGGUGACACUUGCGCAUCAAAAAGCUAAAGAGUUUAUGUAUUAUCAUCCCUUGCCUUGUGCAACUCUUACACUAUGUGAACAAUGGAAAAACGGAGAUUGUCAAUUGACAUUAUUUCCCGAACUGCUCGAAUUUCUGCAUAAUUAUCAUUUAGGGCGAAAACCUGUUUUCAAAGUUUUUAAUCUACGUCUGUCUCUACGGAAAUACGAAAUAAAAUUUUUGAUAGCUGACUUCUUUACUUUAGCGGAAAUCGGUGUGUAUAUCAACGAAGAAUGGAAUUUGUUGUUUGGCGGAAAAAAGUGUGAACUUGGGAGACUCGGUGAGCUUGGGACGGAUGCAAUAAAAUCUGGGGUUAUCGUUGAUAGAGUAAGACAAGGCAAAGAGUUUACCCAGUUAAAGGGAAUAUAG